AUGCGUUUCAUUCAACCGUUGCACAAUGCCCUACUUUACGAUGUGUGCACUCAUUCAACAAACCAUUUCUACCACAUAUUCGCAAUUAAGUACUUUAACAGCUCAACCACGGUUCAUUCUCAGCUUCGUACUCAUCAAUUUAAUUCAUCUGUCACGUGUCAACGCACAAAAAAGAUAAGAAUAUCUUACUUAUCAGAAAAAAGGAGUAAAUUGAACAAAAAAGCAAAUAAAAGUACGUACAGCAGUGGUAACGUACCAUACACAGCCUCAAAUACUUUACCUACCACUCUCAACGUGCACAGCACCAUUCAACAAGCAUAUCUAACCGUUUGCUAG